CCUCGUACUCCACAAGCCUAGUGCCUGUGCAUAGAUGGAGCAGAGUUAAACGAGGCAGCAGCAGAAGCUGAUAACACAUUUCAUAUAUCCCUUCGUGCAUUCUUCUCAGCGCCUUGAGCAAACUAACAGCUACUGAAGACCAAAUUCAGGAGCACAGUGACAGUGUGAUGGUGGCAAAUUGAGCACAGGGAUGUGAGCAGACCAGUAAAGAUGACCCUGCUGGCAGGCGAUGGCUCUGACUAUGACUACAGUGCCCUGAGCUGUACCUCUGAUACCUCCCUUAACCCACCUCCCCUACAAGAGGAGGAGGCUCAAAAGGGAGCCUUCUACAAGAGGGCACAACGUGCCCCUGAGCUCAGCACCAUCCAUGAUGACACAUUACUGUCCAGUGCCCGUAAACUACACGCCAUCAUCAAUGUGGGUGGCUUGCGUUACCAGCUGCCUUGGACCACCUUAGAAGACUUUCCGCUGUCUCGUCUGGGCCAGCUACACCUCUGCAGCAGCUUUGAUGAGAUCAUGGGUAUCUGUGAUGACUAUGAUGUUACACACAAUGAAUUCUUCUUCGACCGCAGCCCCUGUGCCUUCCGUACCAUCCUGACCUUCCUGCGGGCAGGGAAGCUGCGGUCCCUCAGAGAGAUGUGCGCCCUCUCCUUCAGGGAGGAGCUGCACUACUGGGGGGUCCCCGAGGAGAGCCUGGAGUGGUGCUGUCGUCGGCGUCUGCUGCAGCGUGUGGAGGAGUUUGAAACGAUGGAAAGGGCAGAGGAGGAAGAGGAACUCCUGGAGGAUCUGCUGGAUUCACACAGUGGCCACAAGGAGCAUCCAGCAGAGUCCAGACUCAACCGGUGCAUGGGCAAGCUAAGAGACAUGGUGGAGAGGCCUCACUCAGGCCUCCCUGGGAAGAUCUUUGCUUGUUUGUCAGUGUUGUUUGUCACCAUCACUGCCGUCAACCUAUCCAUCAGCACCAUGCCUGCCAUGAGGGAAGAGGAGGAGGCGGGCACAUGUUCCCAGAUGUGCUACAACAUCUUCAUUGUGGAGACGGUGUGUGUGGCCUGGUUCUCCCUGGAGUUCACUCUGCGCUUCAUUCAAGACCGCAGCAAGCUGACCUUCCUCAGACAGCCCCUGAACCUGAUAGAUGUGGUGGCCAUCCUGCCGUACUACAUCACCUUGGUGGUGGACAGCACAUCCAAAGGCGAGAAGCGGCUGGGCUCUGGCAGCAGCUACUUGGACAAAGUGGGCUUGGUGUUGCGAGUCCUGAGAGCCCUGCGUAUCCUCUAUGUGAUGCGGCUAGCUCGCCAUUCACUGGGCCUGCAGACUCUGGGCCUGACAGCACGCCGCUGCACACGGGAGUUUGGACUGCUCCUCCUUUUCCUAUGUGUGGCCAUCGCACUGUAUUCCCCCUUAUUGUACUUGAUUGAGAAUGAAAUGGGAACCACGCAGGAGUUCACCAGCAUCCCUGCAACCUACUGGUGGGCUGUCAUCACCAUGACGACAGUGGGCUAUGGCGACAUGGUGCCAAGAAGCAUCCCGGGCCAGGUGGUGGCUCUGAGCAGCAUCCUGAGCGGAAUCCUCCUCAUGGCCUUCCCCGUCACCUCCAUCUUCCACACCUUCUCGCGGUCCUAUGUGGAGCUGAAGCAGGAGCAGCAGAGGCUGCUGCAGAGGAGGACACACUUUCUGCUGCGGAGCCGCAUGGCUGGCCUGAGCAGCAACCUCUCACUAGAGAGUGAUAUGCUCUUCCCUAUAGGGUCGUCUGACACCAGAGAUAUGGACGACUGAGACUGGUGGAAAAGGAAGGAGUAGGACAGAAAGUGAAGAAGAGGGAGAGACUGAUGGUGCAAAGAGAGAGAGAGAGAGAGAAAAGGGGGUAAGGAGGAAGGAAUGUAGAUAGAAAGGUGGAGAGAGAAGUAUAAAUACAAAUGAGAAAAUGAUUUUUCUUUAUUCCCAGAAAUGCAGCCUUGCCAUGUAGCAGUGUACUUUCAGUUAAAGAUAAUACACCAAGAGGAGAAGAGGAUGAGAUUAGUAUUGGUAUUAAAUAAAUGUUUCCAUCAAAAAGUAUCUUUGAAUGAAAUGCAUUAUACCAUAAAAUAUGAAAUAUAAGUCCAAUUUACAGAAAAAAAACAUGGAGCAUAAUAAUGAUUUAUAGUCUUACAACAGUCUUAUAUGAAAUAUGUUAUUUAACAAAAGACAUAACUAAAGAGCUCAAGUACUACGUCUUUAUGAUCCAACAACAUAGUGAUGUUUUUCAUCUCUGAUUUCUUCAAAUGUUUUAAUGGAUUUGUUGAUGUCAUUUGCUCGUGGGAGUUAACCAGUGCCACAAAUGCUCUCUGCUCUUGUUAAGUCCAAAUGGUGAAAUGGAAUUUAUAUCCAAGCUAAAAUGUGACCCUUAAUCCACUGAUUAUUUUCUGAAUGACUGUGCAACUUCUGGGAAUUAUAUUGGGCUGUUCAAUAUUUCUCCCACUCUGGCACUGUCAGCCACAUAUUAAUUAUGAUGUGUUAAUUAUCCUUCUUCAACUCCUUGAGGUUCCAUAUGCAAUUUUUAAAUAUAUUUGGACAUUGGAGAUAG